CCGGACACCGGGCUGGGGCGGCGGCGGUGGCGGUGGUGGCGGCGGCGGCGGCGGCGGCGGGGCCGCGCCGGGCCGGGCGUCGGGGCCACAGGUCCGUCCACGGGUCGCCGGGGCUGCGCGCGCCAUGGAGCCGCCGUGCGGCUGCUGCGAGCGGCUGGUGCUCAACGUGGCCGGGCUGCGCUUCGAGACGCGGGCGCGCACGCUGGGCCGCUUCCCGGACACGCUGCUCGGGGACCCCGCGCGCCGCAGCCGCUUCUACGACGGCGCGCGCCGCGAGUACUUCUUCGACCGGCACCGGCCCAGCUUCGACGCCGUGCUCUACUACUACCAGUCGGGCGGGCGGCUGCGGCGGCCGGCGCACGUGCCGCUCGACGUCUUCCUGGAGGAGGUGGCCUUCUACGGGCUGGGCGCGGCGGCGCUGGCGCGCCUGCGCGAGGACGAGGGCUGCCCGCUGCCGCCCGAGCGCCCCCUGCCCCGCCGCGCCUUCGCGCGCCAGCUCUGGCUGCUCUUCGAGUUCCCCGAGAGCUCGCAGGCCGCGCGCGUCCUCGCCGUGGUCUCCGUGCUCGUCAUCCUCGUCUCCAUCGUCGUCUUCUGCCUCGAGACGCUGCCCGACUUCCGCGACGACCGCUACGACCCGGGACUGGCCGCCGCGGGCCCGUUCCCGGCGCGGCAGAAUGGCUCCAGCCCGGUGCCUGGGGGUCCGCCCCGCCUGCCCUUCAGCGACCCGUUCUUCGUGGUGGAGACUCUCUGCAUCUGCUGGUUCUCCUUCGAGCUGCUGGUCCGCCUGCUGGCCUGCCCCAGCAAGGCCAUCUUCUUCAAGAACGUCAUGAACCUCAUCGAUUUUGUGGCCAUCCUGCCCUACUUCGUGGCCCUGGGCACCGAGCUGGCCCAGCAGCGGGGGGUGGGGCAGCCGGCCAUGUCCCUGGCCAUCCUGCGGGUCAUCCGGCUGGUGCGCGUCUUCCGCAUCUUCAAGCUGUCCCGGCACUCCAAGGGCCUGCAGAUCUUGGGCCAGACGCUGCGGGCCUCCAUGCGUGAGCUGGGCCUCCUCAUUUUCUUCCUCUUCAUCGGCGUGGUCCUCUUCUCCAGCGCCGUCUACUUUGCCGAGGCAGACCGGGUGGACACCCACUUCACCAGCAUCCCCGAGUCCUUUUGGUGGGCCGUGGUCACCAUGACCACGGUCGGCUAUGGAGACAUGGUGCCCGUCACCGUGGGCGGCAAGAUCGUGGGCUCGCUGUGUGCCAUCGCCGGUGUGCUCACCAUCUCCCUGCCGGUGCCCGUCAUCGUCUCCAACUUCAGCUACUUCUACCACCGGGAGACGGAGGGCGAGGAGGCCGGGAUGUACAGCCACGUGGACACACAGCCCUGUGACAUGCUGGAAGCCAAGGCCAAUGGGGGUUUGAUGGAUGGGGAGAUGCCCGAGCUCCCGCCCCCUCUCUGGGCCCCACCCGGGAAGCACCUGGUCACGGAGGUGUGAGGACAGAUGAGGCCUGGAGGAUCUCACACCUCUCUGGACUGUGGAGGGGGGAGGGGGAGGGGAGGGGGAGGGGAAGGCCAGCGGAAGGGGGAGUGGCUUUAGGAAGAACUAGGUUACGUGGUGAUGACCGGAGCAACACCCAGUCUUCUCGCUGGGUCUUGAGCUGUAUGAUUUGGGGGUGGGGGGCACCUCCUGAUGCAGCAGUGAAUGGCCAUGGGUUGUUGAACUCAGUUGGGUUGGGGGGCUCGACUGGUUCAUGUGGCACUGAGUUGUGCAAUACUCCUGGGGUCUCUGGGGGGUGGUGUGGAGCUAGGAUCGGUCAUACCCAUCGCAUGAGUUUCCCAGGUCCGUGUUGGGAAGGGUUGGGUGGUGAGUCUUGUCCAACUGCAUUUGUGCAGGGUUGAUGGGUUUCCUGGGGCCAUCUGGGACAAAUUAGGUGGUCACCAGUGCGUUGUUGAGAUCGAUUACACGGCCAUGCUUCGUGUCAUUGCAUUAAGACGUGUCCAAAAUCAUGUGGCAUUGUGGUUCCUCUAGGGCCGUGUUCUCUUGGGCUCUGUGAGCUUGCGAGCUGUACAGAAAGACAAACGGUCAUGUGAUAGGAUGUUGGCUUCCUAAGUCGUGAUGGGUUGGGUUGGGCUAGCAUGUGUGAGCAAAUGGGCCUCUUGGGUUCUGCUGGUUGAGCUGUGUAGAGUUGUAUCACUGUGUGGGUCUUGUGUGGUCAGUUUAUCUGGGUCAAUGACCAAGGCUCCUAGGACCAUGCUGAGUUGGGCUACAUUGAGUUCUGUCUCUGAGUCCGAAAGAAAUGUUGGGGUGAGCCAGGCUGAGUGUUUGAGUGCCCUAGGGUCACGUCGGGGGGCUUUGUGUUGAGUGGCAGCCCCAGGACCGGGGAAAGCCGUGGUGGGGAGCCAUCACGCACCGCGGAGCAAGUGCGGCCCUGGCAGGGCUGGGGUCUGUGUCCAGGCGUUCUGCUGUCCAUCCGUCGGGCUCUGGGUGAACCCGGCGCGCCUCCGUCUACCCUGCGCCCGCCUCCUGUCUGUCCGCCCCUGCAUUUUUGCUGUCAGACGUGAAAGUCAGCUACAAGGGACGGGAAAGGAGGGGGGAAAGCUGAACUCUGUCUGGCUGUGUUGGGGAGGGUGGACAGAAACCAACAGGAGAGGGACAGAGGCCCAGAGAGAGAGACGGAAACCCAGACAAGGGAGACUCGGAGAGAGAGAGAGAGAGAGAGAGAGAGAGAGGGGACAGAGACCCAGAGGAAGGGAUGGAGACCCAGAAGAGGGGGUGGAGGCACCCAGAACUGGAGAAGACCAUAGCGCUCCAGACAAAGUGAACCAAAUAAGAAAAACACGCAAGCCGGAGAGCUGGGACCUGAGAGAGGCGCUCCCCCCGCCCCCGCCCAGAGUCGCAGAAACGCUGGCCCAGGGCACGUCGCAGGGCGUCCCCACGGCUCAGGAGGGGGGCUGUGGGCUGGUGGGGAAGGAGCCGGGGGAGAGGCCCGAGUCUCAGGGCAGGGCGGCGGCUUCCGAAGGUUGCACAGGAGCAGGGCGCGUGGCUGCCUGAUGCCACCGUGGCUCCUGAGUGCAGCAGGACGCAGGCACAGCGGGGGGCGAUGGGAAGGCAUUGGGGUGGGCCAGGUGGCACGGCCCGUUAAGCACUGCUUGGGACCCUCGUCCCAUAGCACAGCGCCUGGGGUCAAGUCCCACCUGUGCCCCAGCUUCCUGCUGAUGUGCCCGUGCCUCCCGCGGGGCCGGUCCAGGUGGCGCUCCUGCCCAGCCCCGGCAGCGGGCGGCUGGGGAGCAUGGCGAGGAAGACCUCACUCCCGCGCUCUCGGUCACUCCGUCCGCCUUCAAAUUAAUCUUCAAAAUGAGAAAAGGGCAUUUAGAGAAGGAAGAGGGGCGGUCAUGAACACUAAACACAGAGGGCUUCCUAUGUGCCAGGCAUCGUUCAGAGUACUGUACUGGUAUUAAUUUAUUAAAGCCCACCCACUGGUUUACA